GAGAGUCGUGAGGGAUUGAGCACUGCUCUCCUCACUCCCAACUCUCUAUUAUUCAGAUCAUCAAAACAGCGACUACUAGACUUUUCUAUCAUGCACCGGCACAUGCAGGUGCCGAUGGAUCAUUUAUGACCAUGAGAGCCACUUUCGUUCAUGCAUUGAAUAGGCCUUUGGCAGUUUAUGAUGUGAUGUGGAGGGUGUAAGGUGGCACCAUGGCUGCGAUGAUACCUCCAGUAAAACUCAAAUGGCUGGAGCACCUAAACAGCUCCUGGAUCUCAGAGGACAGUGAGUCCAUCUCCACUCGUGAGGGCGUGGCGCUGCUCUAUGGGAAACUGCUGACCAAUAAGGAGGUGGUGGUCCUCCCUCAGCAGGUGCUCUGUCUGAAGGGCCCUCAACUGCCGGACUUUGAGCGAGAGUGUCUGUCCAGUGAUGAACAGGAGCAUUAUCUGGACGCUCUGCUGGCCAGUCAACUCGCUCUGGCCAAGACGGUGUGCUCGGACUCGCCGUUCGCCACUGCCCUCCGCAAACGCCUGCUGGUCCUGCAGCGAGUUUUUUAUGCACUUUCUAACAAAUACCAUGACAAAGGCAAAGUCAAACAGCAGCAGCACUCGACUGAAAAUACUAUGGGUUCUGCGGACUUGCAAGCGGUUAGCGAGCGGCCGCGCUCUAGCACAGAUGCUCUUAUUGAAAUGGGUGUUCGGACGGGUCUAAGCUUGCUUUUUGCUUUGCUCCGACAAAGCUGGACGCUGCCUCCAGCCGGUCCUGGCAUCAACCUUUGCAAUGAUGUCAUCACCACAGCCAUUGAAGUAGUUGGUUCGCUUCCGCCGUUGUCUUUGGCCAACGAGAGCAAGAUCCCACCCAUGGGUUUGGACUGCUUGGCUCAGGUCACCACGUUUCUGAAAGGCGUGACCAUGCGGAACUCAGGGGCCGAUGUGGUUGGACGAAGGUUAGCGUGUGAGCUUCUGUUAGGCUUGGCGGCGCAGCGAGGGUCUCUGCGGUACCUGCUGGAGUGGGUUGAGAUGGCUCUCGCUGCAUCAGCCGGAGUCAGCAGUCUGGAGCAGAGCCAGGAGGGGCUGAUGGGAUAUGACUGCUUCAUGAACAUUCUGAUGCAGAUGAGACGCUCACUGGGUUCUUCUGCUGACCGGAGCCAGUGGAGAGAACCGACCCGCACUGCUGAUGGCCUCUGUUCCUUAUAUGAAGCUGCACUUUGUCUGUUUGAGGAGGUGUGCCGCAUGGCUUCGGACUACUCGAGAACAUGUGCAAGUCCGGACAGCAUCCAGGCGGGUGAAGCAGCCAUGGUAUCUGAGACCUGCGAGGUCUAUGUGUGGGGCAGCAAUAGUAGCCAUCAGCUUGUAGAGGGAACUCAAGAGAAGAUCCUCCAGCCCAAACUUGCUCCCAGCUUCAGUGAUGCACAAACGAUUGAAGCCGGCCAGUACUGCACGUUCGUCAUCUCCUCCGACGGGUCAGUGCGAGCGUGUGGAAAGGGCAGUUAUGGUCGCCUCGGACUGGGAGACUCAAACAACCAGUCCACUCUUAAGAAGCUGACCUUCGAACCUCACCGCGCCAUUAAGAAAGUUUCAUCAUCCAAAGGCUCAGACGGCCACACAUUAGCGUUCACUAGUGAGGGUGAGGUGUUCAGCUGGGGCGAUGGAGACUAUGGGAAACUGGGUCACGGAAACAGCUCUACUCAAAAAUACCCCAAACUGAUCCAGGGCCCUCUACAAGGAAAGGUGGUGGUUUGUGUUUCUGCAGGCUACAGACACAGUGCUGCUGUCAGUGAGGAUGGAGAGCUCUACACCUGGGGAGAGGGCGACUUUGGGCGAUUAGGUCAUGGUGACAGCAACAGCAGGAACAUUCCCACACUAGUUAAAGACAUCAGUAAUGUGGGUGAGGUGUCCUGUGGAAGCUCCCACACCAUUGCUCUGUCGAAAGAUGGACGCACAGUUUGGUCCUUUGGAGGUGGAGACAAUGGGAAACUGGGUCAUGGUGACACCAAUCGAGUGUAUAAACCCAAGGUGGUAGAGGCACUGCAGGGAAUGUUCAUACGCAAAGUGUGUGCUGGCAGUCAGUCAUCUCUGGCUCUCACCUCUACUGGUCAGGUGUACGCUUGGGGCUGUGGUGCGUGUCUUGGCUGUGGUUCAUCGGAGGCCACGGCUUUAAGACCAAAACUGAUUGAGGAACUUGCCACCACCAGAGUAGUGGACAUCUCUAUAGGAGACAGCCACUGCCUCGCUUUAUCACAUGACAAUGAAGUUUAUGCCUGGGGAAAUAACUCCAUGGGUCAGUGCGGUCAAGGGAAUUCCACGGGCCCCAUCACCAAACCUAAAAAGGUGAUUGGUUUAGAUGGAGUGGCCAUUCAGCAGAUCUCUGCUGGCACCUCCCACAGUCUGGCUUGGACUGCCCUCCCGAGAGACAGGCAGGUGGUAGCUUGGCAUCGGCCGUACUGUGUGGACCUGGAAGAAAGCACUUUCUCUCACCUCCGCUCAUUUCUGGAACGAUACUGUGAUGGCAUCAACAAUGAGAUCCCACCUCUGCCUUUUCCAUCUUCCAAGGAGCAUCAUAACUUCUUAAAACUUUGUCUACGGCUCUUAUCCAAUCACCUUGCUCUAGCGUUGGCAGGGGGCGUGGCCACCAGCAUCUUGGGCCGACAAGCGCGUCCUCUUCGCAAUCUGCUUUUCCGAUUGAUGGAUGCAUCAGUGCCAGAUGAAAUCCAGGAGGCUGUCAUUGAGACUCUCUCUGUGGGAGCAACAAUGCUACUGCCUCCUCUGAGAGAGAGAAUGGAGCUACUGCAUUCACUCCUUCCUCAAGGACCAGACCGCUGGGAGAGCCUCUCCAAAGGACAGAGGAUGCAGCUGGACAUAAUCCUUACUAGUCUGCAGGAUCACACUCAUGUGGCGUCUCUGCUGGGGUACAGCUGUCCUCCAGAUGCCUCUGAACCUCCCGCUCAGCCCUCCGACUCCACACAUGUGCCUGGCACUCACUCUGACACUCAUCCUGACACACAUUUGGCAGAGAUCCUCAUGAAAACUCUACUCAGGAACUUGGGCUUUUACACGGACCAGGCGUUUGGAGAGCUGGAGAAAAACAGUGAUAAGAUCUUGCAGGGAACAUCUUCAUCUGAUAGCAGCCAACCAGCACACCUCCAUGAACUGCUCUGCUCUUUGCAGAAACAACUGCUGGCCUAUUGCCACAUCAACUCUGUUACAGAGGGCUCCAGUAGUGUGGCGCUUCUCCAUAAACACCUGCAGUUGUUACUCCCUCACGCAACCGAUAUCUUCAAUCGCUCUGCAACCCUUCUGAGAGAAAGCUCUGGGAAUGGCAGCGUGCGUGAGAAGCUGCGAGAUGUGAUCUACAUGUCAGCAGCGGGCAGUAUGUUGUGUCAGAUUGUGACGUCGUUGCUGUUGUUGCCUGUUUGGGUGGCACGGCCUCUGCUCAGCUUCCUCUUAGACCUUCUUCCCCCUCUGGACCGUCUCAAUAAACUCCUGCCCGCAGCCACACCUCUAGAGGAGCAGGAGCUGCAGUGGCCACUACACGGCUCUCCAGAUCUGGUUGAUCCAGUGUGUGUGUCAGGACCAGCGCAGAGCUGGGUGUGGUUGGUGGAUCUGGAGCGCACCGCUGCUUUGCUGGUGGGACGUUGCCUUGGAGGAAUGUUGCAGGGAGCAGCACCCUCAGCAGAGGAACAGCACACCACCCACUGGCUCAAAACACCACUCUUUAGUAACGGCCUAGAGACUGAUAUACCACAGCUUGACGCAUGCAUUAGCUCUCUGCUGGAGGUGGCUCUGUGUGGAAAUGAAGAGCAAAGACCAUUUGACUGUCAGUUGCGUGCUGACAUGAGUGUGCUGGUGGAUUUGGCUCUUGGAUCUACUAAAGAGCCCACACACAGCCUGUGGUCAAACAUGCAAGACUAUGCCAUCAGCAAGGAUUGGGACAGCGCAUCACUGCCGAACGAGGCUCUGUUAGACACUGUGUCCCGUUUUGUACUUGCUGUCCUGCUGAAGCACACAGGGCUGCUGGGACAGGCGUGUGGAGAGGGCAGAUAUCAGCCUUGUAAACUGCUGGCAGAAGUGUAUCGCAGUGUUUAUAAGGUGCGGAAUCGCCUCUUGGCUUGCAAGAACAUGGAACUCAUCCAGACCCGGUCGUCAUCAAGAGAACGCAGAAUCUCUGAUAAUGUGGACUCUGUGGAGAUGGACCCUCAGGAACACUCUUUCACCCGGACCAUAGAUGAGGAGGCUGAACUGGAAGAGAGAGACCGGGAAAGAGAACGAGAAGAGGGUCAUCAGGAGCAGGAAGACGAGGAGGAGGAAAGAGAACACGAGGUCAUGACCGCAGGAAAAAUCUUUCAAUGUUUCCUAUCAGCACGAGAAGCAGUACGAGGAAGGGACCGGGACCGAACCGGAAGCAUGAGCGUGCAGGAAGAGCCUCCUCAGCCCGGUUCAGAGCGGCGCAACAGCACGACUCCUCAGGAGGGACAGGAUCUUUACACCACCUCCUGCAAUGCCGUCAUCCACCGCUGUGCCAUGCUCCUCCUGGCACUCAGCACACCGCUGGCUCAGCACAUAAAUCAGCAGCCUCUGACAGGUGGGGUCAACCAGGACGGAGGCGGGUUUAUGACGAGAAGCGAGAGUCUGUCGGCAGAGAGUCGGUCUAUCCAGAGCAGUCCCAGCUGCAGGCUCACAAAAUCCAGGAGCGAGUCUGAUCUGUCCCAGCCAGAGUCUGAUGAGGAGGGCUACUCACUGAAUGCGAGGAGGAAUGUGGAUCUGGAUUUAGCUUUCACUCCUAAAAAAAGAGGCUUCCUCUACAGUUCUCCAGACUCCUCUGCAGACUGGUUUGGGGGACGCUUAGCCCGCGAGUGUUUCUACAGCUCUUCACAGUCCUAUGAUGAGUCAGACCUCGACCUGAACCACUCACUCAGACUUCACGCGCUCAUCGAGAACAUCGUCAACUUCAUCAGUGGAGAUGUUGGAAAUGCUCCUGCCUUUAAGGAACCAGAAGAGAGCGUAUCCACGAGCCCACAGGCCAUUAUAAUAGCCAUGGAGCAGCAGCAGAGCCGGGCAGAAUUGCGCCUGGAGGCCCUUCAUCAGAUUGUGGUGUUGAUUUCUGGGAUGGAGGAGAAAAGCAGUCAGGCAGGCUCUGGAGGUGGAGCUGGACGCACAGGCCUCAGUUUUCACUCUGCAUCUCUGCUAACUUCAGUCAGACUGCAGUUCCUGUCGGGAUGUUUCGGCCUGGGGGCUGUCAGUAAUGGAGGGCCAAAGGGGGAGAAUGUCCAGCUACAUCAUUACCAGGAUGGAGUCAGAGCAGCCAAGAAGAGUUUACAGAUGGACAUUCAGACCGCUGUGCAUAAGAUCUAUCAGCAGCUGUCAGUCACAUUAGAAAGAGCCCUGCAAGCAAACAAACACCACAUAGAGGCCCAGCAGAGACUUCUAUUGGUGACGGUGUUCGCUCUAAGUGUGCGAUACCAGCCUGUUGAUGUUUCAUUAGCUAUUUCUAGUGGCCUUUUGGACGUUCUUUCUCAGCUUUGUGGGACAGAAACCCUUCUUGGACAAACGCUGCAACUCCUGCAAAAGCCUGCAGGCUCUCAGCUCAGCACUGCCCUCAAAGUGGCCAGCACCAGACUGUUACAGAUACUGGCCAUCAGCACUGGGACAUACGCAGACCGAUUGAGUCCUAAGGUGGUCCAGGCUCUGCUGGAUCUUCUGUGUAGUCAGCUGAAGACUCUGCUGGCUCAGGCUGCUGGAAACUCGCUCAAUGCAAGUACGGAUCUGCAGGAGAAGACGGACGACUGCGCUGAUGCUCAGAAGAAAGACUUUCGAGCAUUGCUGCGAAAGAGACACACAGCAGAGCUGCACCUCGGUGACUUCUUGGUGUUUCUGCGGCGAGUCGUCUCUUCCAAAGCCAUCCAGUCCAAGAUGGCGUCUCCUAAGUGGACCGAAGUCCUUCUUAACAUCGCUGCUCAGAAAUGCUGUUCAGGUAUUCCAUUGGUUGGUAACUUGAGGACACGGCUGCUGGCUCUGCAUGUUCUUGAAGCUGUUCUUCCUGCUUGUGAGAGCAGUGUGGAGGAUCAUCAGAUGACCCAGGUGGUGGAGAGGCUGUUUUCACUGCUCUCUGACUGUAUGUGGGAGGCACCUGUCGCUCAAGCCAAACACACCAUCCAACUAAAGGAGAGAGAGCAGGAACUCAAGCUACAGGGUGAGACAGAUGAGGAAGAAGAAAAUUUGCCUAUCCAGGAAGUGACGUUUGACCCUGAGAAGGCUCAAUGCUGUGUGGUGGAAAGCGGACAGGGUCUGACGCAUGGCAGUGGAGGCAAAGGCUACGGUCUGGCUUCCACUGGUAUUUCCUCCGGCUGCUACCAGUGGAAGUUUUACAUUGUCAAGGAGAAUCGUGGAAAUGAAGGCACGUGUGUGGGUGUUUCACGGUGGCCUGUGCAUGACUUUAACCACCGCACAACAGCAGACAUGUGGCUCUACAGAGCAUACAGCGGCAACCUCUACCAUAAUGGAGAGCAGACCCUUACGCUGUCCAGCUACACUCAGGGAGACUACAUCACCUGUGUGCUGGACAUGGAGGCCCGGACUGUGUCCUUUGGCAAGAACGGAGAGGAGCCCAAACUGGCCUUUGAGGAUGUUGAUGCUACAGAGCUUUAUCCUUGUGUUAUGUUCUACAGCAGCAACCCAGGGGAGAAGGUGAAAAUCUGUGACAUGCAGAUGAGAGGCACACCUCGUGACCUCUUACCCGGCGACCCAAUCUGCAGCCCGGUGGCCACUGUCCUUGCAGAGGCCACAACCCAACUGAUCCGCAUCUUGCACCGCUCUGAGCGCUGGACGCAAACCAUCAACCACAGCAUCCUCCAGCGGCUGCAGCAGAUCCGAUCCUGUCUGAGGGACGGAGCUCCUCCUGCAGGGGCCACCAGACUGCGCAAGAGCCGCUCGGCACAGAGCCGCGAGGAGCAGGAUGAGAAGGAAGAGGAGCGAGAGGAGGAGAGAGGCAGGAGCGGACGGCACGCAGCGGCAGAGCUGUCGGAGGUGCACCUGCGGACGCUGUGCCACCAGGUGUGGCCGGUGUUGGCGGUGAUUGGGGGUGUAGAUGGUGGGUUGAGGAUGGGGGGACGGUGUGUGCACAAGCAGACGGGGAGACACGCCACUCUGCUGGGUGUGGUGAAGGAGGGGAGCACUUCAGCUAAGGUGCAGUGGGAUGAGGCCGAGAUCACCAUCAGCUUCCCCACUUUUUGGUCGCCCAGUGAUACGCCGUUAUACAACUUGGAGCCAAUUGAGCCUCUUCCCUUUGACGUUUCCCGUUUCCGAGGCCUCACUGCAGCUCUUCUGCUGGACCUCACUGCUCUCGCCAGCCUGCAGGACGAUGGCAUUAAAUCCGCCUCCAGUCGACGCCAUGAGCGAAGACACCGACAUGAACCACAGGAGGAGCGAGAGAACGAGACACGCGGCAAACCAAAGGAGGGUACGGGAGACCUGCGUGUAUCCCACAGUUUAGAUGAGGUUCGAGCUCGUGCGCCACCAAACUCUCGCUCUGAAAGCGAGCUGGCUGCUUAUACCCAAGAUGCCACACAACAGACCCCAGCAGAGGGACGGCGCAGGCUGCAGGAGAUGGUAGGAUCCCGGGGAAGCUCACAGGAAGCUGCUGCGCAGGCGGAGGUGCAUGCAGUUCAGCUGUCCUAUUUGUAUUUGGGAGCGAUGAAGACCCUCAGUGUGCUCCUGAGCUGCAGCAAAUACGCAGAACUUCUGCUGAUCCCCAAAGUGACGCCAGACAGUGGUCAUAAUGCAGACUGUGCCAGCCCUGGGGUGAGUGUGUGCCAGGAGGAGGCCGAGUUGAGAUCAGCUCUGCAGUUUCUGAUGAGACACAUGGUGAAGCGGGCAGUGAUGAGGUCGCCUAUUAAAAGAGCACUCGGGCUGGCAGACCUGGAGAGGGCGCAGACCAUGAUCUAUAAAUUGGUGGUCAAUAGCCUGCUCGAGGAACAGGAAGGACAGAGUACCAAACCAGUGGACACAGAGUGUGAGGAGUUAGAGGGAGAGCAGCAGUUUCAGACUCCAGUCACCACCUCUCCUUCAGCCUCUAGCAGCACCUCCUUCAUGAGCUCCUCUCUGGAGGACACCACCACCGCAACUACACCCGUUACCGAUGCAGAGACCGCGCCAGCUUCUGAAUCUCCUGGAGUGAUGCCCCUCAGCCUGCUCAGGCAGAUGUUCUCUAGUUACCCAACCACCACCCUGCUGCCUGCACGUAGAGCUCAGACACCUCCUGUCUCAUCACUGCCCACCUCGCCUUCAGAUGAGCACGGCCGGAGACAAAGCCUCACAUCACCCGAGUCCCAGCCUGCCCGGACCACCAGCAGAGCAGCUUUAUCAGACCCCAGCAGUCGUCUCUCCACAUCUCCCCCUCCUCCUGCCAUUGCAGUGCCUCUACUAGAAAUGGGAUUCUCCCUCAGACAGAUCAUGAAGGCUUUAGAAGCAACAGCUGUAGGUGCACGAGGCGAGGCAGAUGCUCAGAACAUUACUGUUCUUGCCAUGUGGAUGAUCGAUCACCCGGGCACAGCAGACUCUGAGGAGACUUCAGACCCCUGCUCCGGGGCGGCCGGAGGAGGAAAGAGCACAGAGAGAAGUUUCCUGCGCUCUCCUGGAGACAUUCCUAAUGCUGACGCCACAGAGAUGGAGGAGGGGUUCAGUGAGAGUCCUGAAGGUCUCGAUCAGGAUUCAGCCUCUGCUGGGCCCACACCCAGAGGACGCUCUGCGGCCAGCCGGAAACACCGCUUUGACCUUGCUGCACGCACUUUACUAGCUCGAGCAGCCGGACUGUACCGCUCAGUGCAGGCACAUCGAACUCAAGCCCGUCGAGAAGGCUCUGGUCUGCAGCAGGAGUCUGGGCCUCUUGGAGCACUCUAUGACUUUAAUCUGGACGAAGAACUGGAGCUGGAAUUGGAUCAGGAAGCCAUGGAGGCCAUGUUCACCCAGGAGCUGGCAUCUGACUCUGACAUUCUGGGAAUGUGGAUCCCGGAGGUAUUGGACUGGCCAACAUGGCAUGUGUGCGAGUCAGAGGACCGCGAUGAGGUGGUCGUAUGUGAAUUAUGCGGGGUGAGUGUGUCCAGCUUCAACCAGCACAUGAAGAAAAGUCACCCAGGCUGCGGUCGCAGUGCCAACCGGCAGGGUUAUCGCAGCAAUGGCUCCUAUGUGGAUGGCUGGUUCGGAGGGGAGUGUGGAAGCGGGAAUCCCUAUUACCUGCUCUGUGGCAGCUGUAGAGAAAAAUACCUCAACAUGAAGAGCAAGAUCAAAGGACCACUGCCUGAAAGGUAUAAAGGUCAGGCUCCAGACUUGUUGGGAAAGCAAGACAGUGUUUAUGAAGAGGACUGGGACAUGUUGGAUGUAGACGAUGCAGAGCGCCUGACGGGUGAAGAGGAGUUUGAGUUGCUGUCUGCUCCGCUGGGUCUUAGUGAACGCAGACCCGUCCCAGAGGCUGUCCAUUUUUCCGACACUGACCCUCUCGGAGCCUCUGUUGCAAUGAUCACAGCCACCAACAGCAUGGAGGAAACUCUCUUGCAGAUAGGUUGCCAGAGCUCAGUGGAUAAAAGCUCCUCAGGCCGCUUGUCAUUGGGAGAGCAGGCAGCAGGUCUGCAGACGUCUGCUGAUCGUCUGGUGGCUCUGAAGAGAGUCACUGCGGCCGCACAGGUUCUGUUGGCCAGAACGAUGGUCAUGAGAGCGCUGUCCUUGCUGUCAGUUAGUGGGUCUAGUUGCAGUCUGGCUGCAGGACUGGAGUCUCUAGGCUUGACGGACAUCAGAACACUGGUGCGUCUGAUGUGUUUAGCGGCAGCAGGUCGAGCUGGACUGUCCACAGGCCUUGCUUUAGGUCCUGGAUCCUCUGAGCGCCCACGAGGUGCUAACAAACCUACCAAACCCAUCUCAUGUUUGGCAUACCUCAGUACUGCCGUCGGCUGCCUGGCAUCGAACAGCCCCAGUGCUGCCAAACUCCUGGUCCAGCUGUGCACACAGAAUUUGAUCUCAGCUGCCACAGGGAUGAAUCUGACCACAGUUGAUGAUCCAAUUCAGAGGAAGUUCCUGCCCAGUUUUCUUAGGGGAGUAGCUGAAGAAAAUAAGCUGGUGACAUCACCCAAUUUUGUGGUGACCCAGGCACUGGUGGCCCUGCUAGCUGAUAAAGGUGCCAGGCUUAGGCACGGAUAUGAGAAAGCUGAGCUGGAAAAGAGAGGGUUAAUUUCGCCUCUCUAUGCCCACCUCUCCUGUGCCCUUGCUGUAGGCCCAUUGGAGCUGGCAAAUGCGCUGGCGGCAUGUUGCCUCUCGUCCCGCCUGUCGUCACAGCACCGCCAAUGGGCCGCGCAGCAGCUGGUGCGUACACUGGCGGCUCACGACCGAGACAACCAGAACCACCCGCAGACCUUUGCAGACGUGGCUGGAGACCUAAGAAAGUGGUCCACUUUCAGACUCGAGGCCCAUCAGAGCAGGGUGAUUACAUGUGGGUGGAGUAAUAAAAAAGGCCUUCUGGCAACCAGUGGGAACGAUGGGACUGUCCGCGUUUGGAACGUGACCAAAAGCCAGUACACACUACAGCAGACGUGUGUCUUUAACAAAGCAGAUGACUCUUCAGAGGACUGUAUGAGUAAUCUGGGCUCACCAGGAGACCCAAAUUUGGCUCCAGUUGCUUGGAGUGUGAGUGGAAAGUACUUGGCUGCUGCCAUGGAAAAAAUAGUGAACAUUUGGCAAGUCAAUGGUGGAAAGGUCUCUUUGGAACUACAGCCUCAUUGGGUGUCGUCAUUGGCCUGGCCCGAAGAAGAGGCGGGGUCUCUGUGGGGUGGGGAGCCUCGAGAGCUCCUAUUGGUGGGUCGCAUGGAUGGUACGCUUGGCCUUCUUGAGGUUCUUGACGAUUCUGACAUGCAGAGAACUGAACUCCAGCACUGCUUCAGGAAAGAUGUGGCUGUCAUGCAGAUUGCAUGGUACAGUGAGGAUCGUCCAUUUGCAGUUGGAUAUGCUGAUGGAAAGCUUCUGAUUGGCUUUAAGGAACCAUUAGAGAAUGGAUCUGUGGUGGUUAUUGAUGCCCAUAAGGAAAGCAUCAGUUCAUUGCGCUGGGCUCCAGGUGGGCAAGUGUUAUUAAGCUGUGCUAAAGAGGAGAUUGUGCGUCUGUGGACUGGGUCAGGGACCGAUUUGGGCCAAAGCUGGACUUGUCUUCAAAGUAUUAUGCACCCUGCUGUUGUCAAUGCUGUUGCUUGGUGCAGCCUGCCUGGUCAAGGACCUAAACCUCUCAACAUGUUUGCCACAUGUUGUCAGAACGGGCUGGUAUCUGUGUGGACUGUACCGCAGGAUCCUUCAUCAUACUCUCAGUCCAGCACUGCCUGCCUUGAUGCAUGGUGGGAAUCAGACUCCAGAUCCAGACUGAAGCUGAAGCCCCAGUGGUGUGAAGGAGCGGUGUGUGUGUUUCAGCUGAGGGGUCACAUGACUCCUGUGCGGACAGUAGUGUUCAGUCCAGAUGGGCUUGCUCUGGUCUCUGGAGGAGUUGGUGGACUUUUGAACAUCUGGUCAUUGCGGGAUGGAUCAGUGCUGCAGACAGUUGUUGCUGGAUCUGGAGCCAUUUACAACACAGUUUGGAUCCCUGAUGUGGGUGUAGCGGUCUGCUCCAAUCGUUCAAAGGAUGUUCUGGUUGUAAAUAGCUCAAUGGAGUUCAUGGCAACCAAUCACGUGUUGGCAACCUGCCGCACAGCGCUGAAGAAGCAGGGUGUUGUGGGAUUGAACAUGGCCCCAUGCAUGAGAGCCUUCCUGGAGAGACUUCCUAUAAUGCUUCAGGAGCAGUAUGCAUAUGAGAAGCCUCAUGUGGUGUGCGGAGAACAGCUCGUCCACAGUCCAUACAUGCAGUGUCUGGCGUCUCUGUCGGUGGGUCUGCAGCUGGACGUCCUGCUGUGUCACCCUCCUGUCCCGCCUCACCUGACCCACUGCCCACCUGAGCCAGGCUCCUCCUCCAUCCCAUCCCACGGCUCCUGGGCCAGCAGUGAGUGGGCCUGGCUUCACUGCUUCUCCACCACCAUUAAAACAGCUGAGGCCCUCGCACGCGGACAUACCUUUCCAGAGUCUUUCAUCGUCCCGGACCUGGAGCCUGUGGCCAAAGACAAACUAGCACUGCUUAUGGACAACAGCAAGUGGGUGUCUGGGAUGGAUGAGCAGGUCAUGUCUUGGGCCACGUCCAGACCAGAGGACUGGCACCUUGGAGGAAAGUGUGAUGUGUUUUUAUGGGGUGCUGGCAGGCACGGGCAACUCGCGGAGGCAGGCCGAAACAUUCUGGUGCCAACGCUUGCUCCCUCUUUUUCCCAAGCCCAGCAGGUUGUUUGUGGGCAGAACUGCACAUUUGUGAUCCAGGCUAACGGCACAGUGUCUGCAUGUGGAGAGGGCAGUUAUGGUCGUCUUGGACAGGGGAAUUCAGACGAUCUGCAUGUCCUUACUGUCAUAUCUGCUCUGCAAGGGUUUGUGGUCACUCAGCUGGUGACGUCCUGUGGCUCUGAUGGCCAUUCGAUGGCUCUGACUGAGAGCGGUGAGGUGUUCAGCUGGGGAGAUGGCGAUUAUGGGAAACUGGGCCACGGGAACAGCGACAGACAACGCCGACCACGACAGAUAGAAGCACUGCAGGGAGAAGAGGUGGUGCAGAUGUCGUGUGGAUUUAAACACUCUGCAGUAGUGACAGCGGAUGGAAAGCUUUUCUCCUUUGGUAAUGGAGACUAUGGCAGAUUGGGACUGGGAAAUACCUCAAACAAGAAGUUACCAGAGAGAGUCAGUGCCCUGGAGGGCCACCAGGUCGGCCAGGUUGCAUGUGGGCUGAAUCACACUUUGGCAGUAUCAGCUGAUGGAAUGACUGUCUGGGCGUUUGGAGAUGGAGACUAUGGCAAACUGGGAUUGGGAAACUCAACAGCCAAAUCUUCCCCACAGAAAGUGGAUGUGUUGUGUGGAAUUGGCAUUAAGAAGGUGGCGUGUGGCACACAGUUCUCAGUUGCUUUAACCAAAGAUGGAAAUGUGUACACAUUUGGGCAGGAUCGUUUGAUUGGUCUGCCGGAGGGUCGAGCACGAAAUCAUAACCGGCCUCAGCAGGUCCCUGCUUUAACAGGUGUGUUUAUUGAGGACGUGGCUAUAGGGGCUGAACACACACUCACUCUUUCUUCAACUGGAGAUGUGUAUGCCUGGGGCAGCAACUCAGAAGGACAGCUGGGCUUGGGCCACACCAAUCAUGUCAGAGAGCCGACACUCAUUAGUGCUUUACAAGGCAAAAAUAUCCAGCAGAUCUCUGCAGGACGCUGUCAUAGUGCAGCAUGGACUGCACCGCCUGUCCCGCCACGUGCUCCAGGUUCAUCAGUGCCUCUGCAGCUGGGUUUGCCCGUGUGUGUGCCUCCUCAGUACAGUGGUCUUAGAGAGGUCAGCAUGGAGGCUCUGAGAGCCCGACUGCGCCUGCUCUACCACUUCUCUGACCUCAUGUAUUCAUCAUGGAGACUGCUAAACCUCAGCCCCAACAACCAGAGCUGCACAUCCCGCUACAAUGCUGGUACAUGGGGUAUAGUCCAGGGUCAGCUGAGACCCCUGCUGGCCCCUAGAGUUUACACACUACCCAUGGUGCGCUCGAUCGGGAAAACCAUGGUGCAGGGCAAGAACUACGGCCCACAAAUCACAGUUAAAAGAAUUUCUACACGGGGGAGGAAGUGUAAACCCAUCUUUGUGCAGAUCGCCAGGCAGGUUGUGAAGCUGAACGCAUCUGAUCUGAGGUUGCCAUCACGGGCCUGGAAAGUCAAGCUGGUUGGAGAGGGAGCAGAUGAUGCUGGAGGAGUGUUUGAUGACACCAUCACUGAGAUGUGCCAGGAGCUAGAGACAGGAGUAGUGGAUCUUCUUAUCCCUUCUCCAAAUGCCGCAGCAGAGGUGGGCUAUAAUAGAGACAGGUUCUUGCUGAAUCCUUCAGCCUGUCUGGAGGAGCACCUGCUGCAGUUCAAGUUUUUAGGCAUCCUGAUGGGAGUCGCCAUCCGCACCAAGAAGCCUCUGGAUCUGCACCUGGCGCCGAUGGUGUGGAAGCAGCUGUGUUGUAUCCCGCUCAGCCUGGAGGAUCUGGAGGAGGUGGACCUGUUGUAUGUACAGACCCUCAACAGCAUCCUACAUCUGGAGGACAGUGGCAUCACGGAGCAGAACUUCCAUGAGAUGAUUCCACUGGACUCAUUUGUCGGCCAAAGUGCGGAUGGUAAAAUGGUUCCCAUCAUUCCCGGAGGAAACAGUAUCCCGCUGACAUUCUCCAACAGGAAGGAGUAUGUAGAGCGGGCCAUUGAGUAUCGACUCCAUGAAAUGGAUCGUCAGGUGGCGGCGGUGCGCGAGGGCAUGUCCUGGAUCGUGCCGGUUCCUCUGCUGUCGUUACUGACGGCGCGGCAGCUGGAGCAGAUGGUCUGCGGGCUGCCAGAGAUCAGCGUGGAGGUGCUGAAGAAGGUGGUGCGCUACAGAGAGGUGGAUGAGCAGCAGCAGCUAGUGCAGUGGUUCUGGCAGACGCUGGAUGAUUUCUCCAAUGAGGAGAGGGUGCUCUUCAUGCGCUUCGUCUCGGGACGCUCACGACUGCCCGCCAACACUGCUGACAUUUCUCAGAGGUUUCAGAUCAUGAAGGUGGACCGGCCAUACGACAGUCUUCCCACCUCUCAGACCUGCUUCUUCCAGCUCCGCCUUCCACCCUACUCUAGCCAAUCAGUGAUGGCGGAGCGGCUCCGUUACGCUAUUAAUAACUGCCGUUCCAUAGACAUGGACAACUACAUGCUGUCCCGCAAUGUGGACAAUGCAGAGGGUUCAGACACGGAUUACUGAGCCCCCUCCACAUCAAUCAACUCUGUGCGGGACUCCAUUAAGUAUUUGGUGCAGGCUUUUAUGAUUUUAUGAUAACAGAUGUUUUCACGAACACAUAAUCAAGUCUUUUUAUUUCACCUUUGGUUUCUUAGCAAUUCAGCAGAACUUGCCGCACAAUCUGUUUACACAUGCGUACAGACACGCACACACACGCAGGCACCUACAUGUGUGCUGAUGUGUAGUCUUUACGUUAAAGCACAGUCUCUGCUCUUCAGUUGUUUGGUUCUGCCUUCUUUUUCAGGAUAUUCUGCAUGAAGAGUGUUUGUUUUAUUUAAAAAACUGUAUAGAAUAAUGACAAAAAAAGACAAAUAUUGUACAUUGUGUAUAAUGCUUCAUUAGGAAAUUGUUUUACAUGAGUAUCUGUAUUUAUUUCCAUUUUUUGAAACGCCUACACCAGGUUUCUUAUGUCAGAUGCAAUAAAUGGUUGAAUCUGAAA